AUGGCGCAUCAAACACACCAUAUAACGCACUCACACUCAAAUACUCAUUUGAGAUGGGACAAAACUCUUGCACCUGUUCUGACGGUAUCCUCUGGGGAUGAGAUUACUCUUGAUCUUCCCGAUGGUGGUGGAAACCAAUUCGAUGCACAUAGUACAAGCGAGUCCAUCUCCACGUUUGAUGUCUCAAAAGCGGAUCCUGCAGUCGGGCCUGUCUUUGUCAAGGACGCUCAGCCUGGAGAUGUUUUAAAGGUGGAGUUUUUGUCAUUGCAACCUGCAGCCUAUGGCUGGACAGCAAUACUACCCGGAAGCAUGAACUUCGGUCUGCUUUCAGAUGAAUUUCAUGAGCAGCGACUGAAGAUAUGGGACUUGGAAACCCAUGCGAAGGACGGUUAUGCUGUAUUCAAGGAGGGGAUACACAUUCCCAUUCGACCAUUUCUUGGUGUUGUCGGUAUAGCUAGAGAAGAGGCUGGCGAGUGGAGCACCAUACCUCCAUACGACACUGGUGGGAACAUCGACUGCAAAUAUAUCGUGGAAGGAAGCUGUUUGUAUCUUUCCGUAAAGGUAGAAGGUGCGCUGUUCAGCUGUGGAGAUGGACAUGCUGCGCAAGGAGACGGAGAAGUCUGCGGGACUGCAAUUGAGACUCAGAUGAAGGCCAAAAUGAGAUUGAGUGUUGAGAAGAACAAGCCGUGGGUGAAAAGUCCACACUACGAGACAAGCGGAGUGAAGGCGAAGGUGUGGGAUAGUAAAGGGGAGUACGCCGUCUUGGGUAUUGACGCGGAUUUGAGGGAAGCGAGUAGGAAAGCGAUCCGGGGGAUGAUUGAAUGGUUGAGCGGAGAGAAGGGGCUGACCAGGGAGGAGGGCUACAUGUUAGCAAGUGUGGCUGGCGAUAUGAAAAUCGUUGAAGCCGUUGACAUGCCCCACUAUGCGGUGGCAUGCAGCAUGCCUCUAAAUAUUUUUGUAGGUUCCAUUGGAAAGUAG